CUUUUGCAAUCUGCACACUUACUAUCAUUACUCCCCCGCUAUUUUAUCCUCCCUUCCCCCCCCCUCUCUUCUCUCUUCUCCCCCUUCAUCCCGUGGCUCAGCACUACGUAACGGGUCCUUUCUUUCUUUUUCGAGCUUUAUAACUAUAACCCGGGGGCCGUCACUGGUGCGAGAUGGAUGUUGCAGCUUUGAGAGACCGCAUACAGUCUACCCUCGACGCCAAUGCGGAUAUCAGACGCCAAGCUGAGUUGGACUUGAAAUAUGCCGAGACACAACCGGGCUUCAUAAAUGCGCUUCUGGAUAUUCUGCAGGGGGAACAAAAUAAUGCCGUCCAACUGUCGGCCGGUGUUUACCUGAAGAACCGAAUCACUCGCGGCUGGUCUGUUGUCGAAGAAAGCCCUUUGCGCGCACCGAUCCCGGAGGAGGAAAAACCGAGUUUUCGAGAGCGACUGAUCCCGGCAUUGGCGUCCACCCCACCGAAUGUCAGAGCACAGCUUGUUCCCCUCCUCCAGAAGAUUCUUCAGCAUGACUUCCCCGAGCAGUGGCCGGGCUUCCUGGAAAUCACCCUUCAACUCUUGGGAACCAACGAUGCGAACUCGGUCUACGCUGGACUGCAGUGCUUGCUGGCGAUCUGCCGCGUGUACAGGUUCAAGGCGGGAGAGAAGCGGGAAGAAUUCGACAAGAUCGUUGAGCACACGUUCCCUCAGCUGCUGAAUAUCGGAUCGAAGUUGGUUGAUGAGGAAAGUCUGGAAGCUGCGGAAAUGCUCCGGAUUGUUGUCAAGUCAUACAAGCAUGCUAUCUACUUCGAACUUUCGCCGUCCCUUCAAACGCAGCAAGCUACGGUGGAUUGGUGCACGCUCUUCUUGCGCAUCAUUGCCAAGCAGCCUCCGGCUAAUGCUAUGAUGGAGUCCAAGGAAGAAAGAGAGUUGAACCACUGGUGGAAGUGCAAGAAGUGGUCGUACGCCAAUCUGAACCGUCUUUUCAUCAGAUACGGAAACCCCACAACAAUGACGAAGUCGAGCACUCCCGAUUAUACCCAAUAUGCCAAGAACUUUAUUGCCAACUUCGCCCCCGAGAUUCUCAAGGGAUACUUGCAGGAGAUUGACAAGUGGGUGUCCAAGGGUCAGUGGCUCAGCAACCCGGCGCUCGCCUACACUCUGGUUUUCUUGGAGGAAUGUGUCAAGCCGAAGGCGAUGUGGGACCACCUCAAGCCCCAUAUGGACAACUUGGUUGCUCACUUCAUCUUCCCGAUUUUGUGCCAGUCUGAUGAAGACAUCGAGCUAUUCCAGGAGGAUCCUUCGGAAUACCUCCACCGGAAGUUGAAUUACUACGAAGAGGUUUCGGCGCCUGAUGUCGCCGCCACCAAUUUCUUGGUUGCUUUGACAAAGAACCGCAAGAAGCAGACUUUCGCCAUUCUCACAUUUGUGAACGGCGUCGUUAGCAAGUAUGAGUCUGCUCCGGAAGAUCAGAAGUCGCCUCGGGAGAAGGAAGGUGCUCUGCGGAUGAUCGGUUCUUUGGCCUCUGUCAUCCUGGGCAAGAAGAGCCCUAUCGCUGGUGAGGUCGAAUACUUCUUUGUCCGUCACGUUUUCCCAGAAUUCCGCAGCCCUCAUGGCUUCCUCAGAGCCCGUGCAUGUGAUACUCUGGAGAAGUUCGAACAGCUUGACUUCCAGGACCCGAACAACCUUAUGAUCAUUUACAGAAACAUCCUAGAGUCCAUGACGGACCCUGAAUUGCCUGUCAGGGUUGAGGCUGCGCUCGCUUUGCAGCCCCUUAUUCGUCACGACAUCAUUCGGACUUCGAUGCAGCAAAAUAUCCCCCAGAUCAUGCAGCAGCUUCUCAAGCUCGCCAACGAGGUCGAUGUGGAUGCUCUCGCCAACGUCAUGGAGGAUUUCGUCGAGGUCUUCUCUGCCGAGCUUACUCCGUUCGCUGUGGCACUCAGCGAGCAGCUUCGCGACACCUACAUGCGUAUUGUGGGAGAGCUCCUGGAACGCAAUGCCACCAAGGGUGACGAGGACGCUUACGGCGACUUCCUGGAUGACAAGAGUAUCACGGCUCUUGGUGUCCUGCAGACGAUUGGCACUUUGAUUCUCACUCUCGAGAGCACUCCGGAUGUGCUGCUUCACCUCGAGACCAUCCUCAUGCCUGUCAUCAGCAUCACUCUUGAGAACAAGCUAUAUGACUUGUACAACGAAGUUUUUGAGAUCAUUGAUAGCUGCACCUUUGCUUCUAAGUCGAUUUCUCCCACCAUGUGGCAGGCCUUCGAGCUCAUCCACAAGACCUUCAAGGCCGGAGCUGAGCUUUAUCUUGAGGACAUGCUCCCUGCUCUCGACAACUAUAUCGCCUACGGCUCUCAAAUGCUGGUCCAGAACCCCGCUUACCUGGCGGCCGUUGUGGGUAUGGUUCAGGAUAUCUUCCACGAUGAGAAAGUGGGCGGUGUUGACCGGAUUUGCGGCUGCAAGCUCGCCGAGACUUUGAUGCUCAACCUGCGUGGCUUUAUUGAUCAGUACAUCCCGGUCUUUAUCGAGCUCGCGAUGCGUGUCAUUGACGCCGGCGAGGCGCGCACCAAGUCGUACCGCAUCCACUUGAUGGAGAUGGUCAUCAACGCCAUCUACUACAACCCUGUUCUCAGCUUACAGGUGCUGGAAGCCAAUGGCUGGACGAACAAGUUCUUCAGCACAUGGUUCUCCAACAUCGACAACUUCAGACGGGUGCAUGACAAGAAGCUGUCGAUUGCAGCAAUCAGCUCCCUAUUGACCCUGAAGGCUGGCGAUGUCCCGACCAGCGUUCAACAAGGUUGGCCUAGACUUCUCCAAGGAGUGACCCGACUCUUCCAAACCCUGCCUGCUGCUAUCAAGAACCGUGAAGAUGCCACCAAGGAGUCCGAUUUCACAUAUGAUGACGAAGAUGAUGUCGAUGACGAGGAGAACGACUGGGAUGGAGAGGUUGAGUGGACUGAGCGGGAUGAAGCCGAAGGCGUUCUGGAAGAUGACGUUGCCGACGAGACCACUGCUUACCUCGAUUUCUUGAACAAGGAGGCUCAAAAGUUCGGCUCAUUUGCCGAUGAUGACGAUGAUGAGCUGGACGAAGGAAGCUUGCUGGAGACUCCUCUUGACAAGGUUGAGCCUUACGGCAUGUUCAAGCAUGUGUUCUUGAGCCUUCAACAAGAACAGCCGCAACUCUACGACAACCUGACAAAGAUCCUGAGCCCGGAGGAGCAGCAGGUGCUCCAAGCCGUUUUCCACGAAGCCGAUGCGAAGGCGUUGGCUGCGGCAAAUGCCGAAGCUGCAGGCGCCCAGGCUAAUGGAAACUGA